AUGGACUACACCUCUGCCUCUAAGUUGUCUCGGAACAGUGGUACAGCGCUUGAAGACAAAACUCAUUACAGACAACUAGUUGGGAGGCUGCUCUAUCUAACCAACACCAGACCAGACAUAGCCUAUGCUAUGGGGAGGCUUAGCCAGUUCAUUGAUUGUCCCACCAAUGUUCACAUGCAAGCAACUCAGAAGGUGUUAAGGUACUUGAAAGGAUGCCCAUCAGUUGGCUUUUUCUUUGCAGCAGACAAUGAUCUCAAAAUCAUUGGUUUUUCAAAUGCGGAUUGGGCAACGUGUGCUGACUCUCAAAGAUCCAUCACUGGCCACUGUUUUUAUUUUGGAAGAUCCUUAAUCAAUUGGAAAAGUAAGAAACAGAGCACCAUUGCUAGAUCAUCUUCAGAAGCGGAAUAUCGUGCGUUGGCUCUUGCAACUUGCCAAGCUCAAUGGCUAUCGUAUAUCAUGUGGGACUUGGGAAUGCCAGUCAUAGAACCUAUUACAUUGUUCUGUGAUAACAGAUCCGCCAUCCACAUUGCUACAAACCCCAUCUUUUAUGAGAAAACAACGCAUAUAGAAGUAGACUGCCAUACUGCGCGCAACCAACACCUCUCUGGACUCACCCACUUAAUGCCAGUGUCCUCUUCAAACCAAUUAGCUGAUUUUCUCACAAAAGCUUUGACACCUGGCCCUUUGCAACCAAUAUUUUCAAACUAG